AUGUGCAAAGAAUGCUCGAGCGGCCAGGAGGUGAAGUGCAAAAAGUGUAGUAAGACGAUCUCGCUCGAGGAGAUCGGCUGGCGCACAGGAGUUUGUAAUGAGUGCUACGACAACAUCGGCGGAUGCCGUGCUGCUGUUUCCAGGAAGCGUCCUCACAUCCGUUUGUGCGAUGCUUGCUACGCGAAGUACAACACCGUCUGCGUUCGAUGCAACGAGAACAUUCCCGAUGAUGAGCUGAGAUAUACUUCCGGCUUGUGUGACUUUUGCUACAAGGACUGUGAUAAGAAGUGUACUUGCUGCCAGAAGAAGAUCCCCCUCAAGCAACUUCGCUGGGGAUCUGGACUCUGUGAUGCUUGCUACAAUAGGUCCUGUAUGGAAUGUAGGAUGUGCAGAGCAGCCAUCAGUACACGGCAGACCGACUUCCACGGCGUGCGCCUCUGCGAGGGAUGCUUCAAGUCUCUGACAGACGGCGAGAGAACCUGCAGCAAGUGCGGCGAGAAGAAGAUCUCGCUUGGUGACCCCUACUGGGCAACGGGACUGUGCCAAAGUUGCUGGGAAGCUCCGUCGCCAGAGGAGAUGGCAAGGGUGAUGGGGAGUAAAAGACGAUCCAGGGCAAACUCGUUUGACCAGCUGCCCCUGUACUAUCGCGCCAGGGCAAAAGCAUCAGGCCGCAGUCUUACUCUCUACAGCGCCAAGUCCAUGUCACUGCUGAGCGACGCUGAGCGGAAUGCAAGCCUGCGGGCAACCCGCCAGGCCAAAGCGCCCUUCCAGCUUUGGCUGCUCUUCUUCUCUCUCGGAGUGGGCGGUUGGUUUGCCUCUAAUUCGGUCUUCGCAGCGCUGCCCCUCUUGAUCGACAAGUUGGCAGAGGGCGCGGGGACUGCAAGCAUUGUGAAUGCCAGUACGCAGAUGGGCGCUGUCUUCGCGAUUGCUUACCACGUUGUCGCGUACAACCAUGAUCUGGACCUGAAGGCCAGUGUGUCCGCGAGCAUGGAGAAGAUGAGCGAGCAGCGUCGUCUCUUCAAGGAGGACCAGCAGCGAAAGAAGGCUGCAGCAAAUGCAGCAGCAGCGGUUCACAUGGGACAGUUUGCCGCCGUGAUGGCGCUGGUCACUUUCUCGUUCCUGUGGAUGUGCUACAUGUGUACAGCAGAGCUUGUCGUGCUCUCAGCCAUUGCAGGCGCCGUCGGAAACGUCGGAGAUCUGACUGCAUGGCCUAUAGCACUUCAGCAUCCAAGCAGAUAUGCAGCUGCUAUUCAAAUUGGUGGAUCCUUCAGCGGUGUGCUGCCCAACUUGAUCGAGGUGGUUGUCGGCCGGUUUGGGAUCGUGCCUUAUUUCGCUAUCAUCAUUGUCUUGCAGAUGGGGCUGUGGGCCAUCGUCAGUGCCAAAGACGUGGCCGGCAUGUUUUCAUGCAGCUCGUUUCUAUUCGCAGAGAAGGCCAAAUGCAACUGUGCUGGUUGCGACGGCUGUACCUUGUUUUCAACUGGCCAAAGUGCCGGCAACACGAACGGUGCAACGCACCGAACGGUGAUGCCUCUGAACCCUCCGGUCGAGGACGAGUCGUCGACAGGCAUAAAACGUGCCGCGGAGGGAGUGGGUGAAAUGGCCCAGAGGUCUGCAGAAGGAAUCUGCGAUGCUCUUCAAGGAUUUUACAACGCCCUUCAAGGCGAUCAAGAUGCAUACGCCGAUGGCCGCCAAGUUGUUUUCUUCUACACCAGCUGCUCCUUCGUGUCUAGGGCAAUGUGCUACAGCAUCCCCUCUCUCUUGCCUUUCAUUGCCAAUUCGUGUGGUCUUCAGAAGCAACAGUUGUACGAGAGUAUGAAUACGAUGUACAACCUUGGCAAUGUUAUUGGUCGUCUGCUAUGCCAGUGGUACAAGCCGCAUUGCUUUGGUCUGGUCUGCAGCUUUGUCUCGGUCUUCGUGACCUUUGUUUGCCUUGUGCUAUGUUCAGUGUAUCCAUACUAUGUGGCCAGCAUGCUACCAGCGGUUGUGGCUAUGUGGGUCAUACCGAUCACCGUAGGCGUGUUCAACUUCUCUGUCGGCCUCAUGUCCACUGGCCUGUUUGUGCGCGCCCACGAGGAUGCGCAGAACAAGAAGUGUCCAGACACCAUCCAAGCAACCAUGGGUUUUUAUGGCCAGAUAGGCUGCGUCAGUGGCAACUUUCUGAUAUUCAUGGUGAUCAACGUUUUCCAUCUGCUUUAA